CGGUUGUUUACAUCAUGGCUAGAUACGGAACGACAAGCACAUCACGUCCUACAGUUCAUCGCUUCAUAUUUCGUCACACGCAUUACACACGAGUCCUACGCAAGUUUACCAUAAAGCAGACAUGUAUGUGCAGUGAUAGAAAGCUCCAGCGAGGCCGUGCGAGUGAAGAGCAGUGAGGAAUUGAGUUACAUGAGGAGCAACAUGGAAAGAUUAGCCGUGUCCGUGUCAGAGAUAGAGAGAAUAAUGGACGGUGUGUUGAGUUCUCGCCUGCAAAACGUGGGAAUGGAUAUGAACGUUGCCACAGACACACACCACCACCCACUUAUCAACAUUUCACCUUGGCAAGACAUUAAGUGUGAUCAUUCCAGGCCAUUUAGCGCUUUUUUCACUAACUGCUGAAGAAAAGUUGUUUGUGAAAGUCUAGAAAAUGACGACCUUAUUCUGCAAGCAAAGGUCACAACCCAGUAUGGAAGGUCGCGCCAGGAUGGGUCGCGGAGUCAAGGUCACACCCCAGGCCACUCUAUCCUUCCUCCCAGGGCGGCCCCCCGUUUUGGACCCCUGCCCUGCCCCACCACCAGUCCCGCCUCAGGACAAACCCCAGAGUAGAGGCAGCUCUUGGCCAGGUCAGAUGUGGAAUCACGUGGCCAGCAUGUUCACCUCCAGGUCGCCGGUGUACUGGGUGAACCAACACAUGGUGCAAGACUACCCGCCACCACCACUCCCACACCACCCACCACAGCCACCACCGUACCAAGUCAUGCCGUGCGCUGUGAUGGACUCUGGGUGUGGGUUGUGGCACGCAGCACCGCAGGGCACCACACAGCACCAGUUAAUGAUGGAGCCACAGGAGAUGCUGCAGACAUACCCACAAGUUUUUCCACCAAUGAAACAGCCCCAAGUGUUUGUUUCCAGCUGUCCUCCACCCUAUCAGUUCUCUAAGACUUCCCUGAACCCCAAUGCACAGGAGUGGGUGCCUAAGGAGUACAGGAUACCAUGUCAAGACACUGCCAAGGUUAAGGACACCCCCAUUCCAGCCCCUGUCAGCAGAGACCAGGGCUUUUGCGAGAUUACCGAGAAGGAGGUGGAGGAUAUUCGGACACUCGCAUCUCCCUCUAGCACUCAUACAGUCAAGCAGUGCCAGGGUCGAGUGCCGCAGUGCCCGCCAAUUGAGGUGACACAGAGAUGGACUGGUGAGCCUGCAGAGAAAGGAAACAGUGAAAAGGAAGGUGUUGACAGGAGUCCGCAGUGUCAGAGUGCUGCUGUGUUGAGUCAGCCUGAGGAAAUGAGUCCAAGAUCAAGUCCAGCUGUGAUAUUUGAAAGCGAGGUGAAGAGUCCUGCUGUAUCUUCCUGCAGCGAGUCAGAGUGUUCAACGGUGGGGCAGGAAAAGACAAGUUCAGGGCUGGUGUGUGUGGAUGGCAGUACCAGCAGGACCCAGCGUCUACCCAGCCCAGAGACUGUUAAGGAGAGUGUAGGAAGACCUCAGGCAGACUCUCUCACUGAACACCUCACCAACCAAGUCCCUGUAAUGCCAAACAAGGCAAGUAUUACCUCACAAGACUCAUGUUCCGCCAAGAACCAAGACUGUGCAAGUGUGGGGAGGAGUGUGUGUGCUGAGGUGCUGCAGGGGAGAGCCACAGAGGACAGCAGCUCUCUCAGUUAUGCAGGGGUGGUUGGCCGUGUGUCCCCUCCCCCUCCCCCACCUGUCGACACUACAAAGUUUAAGUACAAGGGAGUUGAGCAGCCAAUACCAAAAAUAUUCCAGGGUGAUUGCUCUCCCACCAGACAGAGUGAAGCUCCCAGGGUGACAAACGACAGGAGGACCCCAGAACUCUUCAAACGUCCCAGCAAAUCCCAAAGGAAGCGGUCGAGGAGGUUCCUGCAGGAAUUGAAGGAGUUAGGUCAAAACCGUGACAUCUGCGGGUCACCGUCGUCAGUCUCCGACAUCUCUGUGACCUCAGAUGACCUCUCCACUCCUCCCAUGUCACCUGAGAAGUCACUGAUCCUUGCCUCAUCACCCCUGUGUCGUGUGCCUCCCCUGGCCUUGUCACCCCAGCCAGAGAGCCACGUCCUGUCUGCAUCACCCCUGCCAUGCACUCCUACCAUGUCGUCACCCCUGGCAGUACCUAUACCCAUUCCGGCGUCCACCACCGGUAGUCCGAGCAGCCGCACCAGAACAUCGAGUGAAUCCAGCGGGGCCAGUCUGGACAUAGAAUUUGUGGAGACAGAUGAAGUGGACCGCGCUGUGCCGGACCGGGCCACACCCACUAAGCGCAGUCCGGGUGCUGGCGGCCGCAAUGGCUUCCUGGCGUGCAUUUUGGGUUCAGGAGAGUCAGAUUCAGAAACAGAUGAGGACUCAGACUGGGAUGAGUGUGAGGUGGACUCAGCGCCGACUCUCGAUGACUCCUGGGAGACAUUUGGGUUUGGACUUGUGGUGGUGGAGUGUCGCAUGGCACCGUUGGGGAGCCAGGUACAGUGCCAGAAGCCUCAGGAGGUGCCGGAAACACAGGUAGAGGAACACAGCAGUGACCCUUUAUUAUGUGAGGUCAACAGAAAGUAGGAGGAGGUGCAGAAAGACGUGCAAGGGAAAACAAACCAGCGAGUAACGUUUGGCAGGAGACUUCACCCAAUGGUUGUGUGGGGCCAUGCGUACCGCCAGGCGCGCAGGGGGCCAUGGGAGCAGCAGGCGAGGGACCGGGCCAGGUUUGCACAGCGCGUGGCCAGCCUGGAGGCCGAGCUGUCCCUGGUAUUGGACCCAGGGCAUCGGAGAAGAGUUUAUCGCCGCCUCUAUGCUCCCCCAUCACGCUGCUUCCUAUAACCAUGAAUUUGUUAGGCUUCUCUCUGCCUUGUUUGGGAAAAUAAGUGUGUUUCUAUUUGUGGAGUCUGUAAGCCCCUCUCUGCCCCUUCCUUUCAUGCUGGCCAGAGUAGAGGUCUUUGAUAGAGGCAGGAUAAGGUGUAUGUGAGAGUGUUGACGUGAAGAGGGUGUGAAUGCAAGUUUUCUGUAUUGUCUUUGUAUGGAGGCUUGUACUGUCCUUUUCUAGAGUGUGGAUGGGUCAGGAAAUCUAGACAGACAUGGGUAAAGGCAGGGUAGCAAACUGUCAGGGUAACAAGGGCAUAUGGAUAAGCAAGAGAAAGCAAAACAUUGAAUAGCAAGACUGUCAGGCUAACUAGAAUAUAGAUAGAAGCAGAAUAGAGUAGAACAAAGCCUGGAAUACAUGAAUAAGGAAGGAAAACAAUAGGAUAGAGAUUGGAUUAAGUAGCAAGACUGUCAGACUAAUGAGAAAGGAUAGAAGAAGCAGGUACAGAUGAAGGAAGGAACACAGUGGGGUCAGGAUUGGAUAGGGUAGCAAGAUUGUCAGUUAGAGAAAGGAUAGAAGAAGCAGGAACAGAUGAAGGAAGGAACACAGUGGGGUCAGGAUUGGAUAGGGUAGCAAGAUUGUCAGUUAGAGAAAGGAUAGAAGAAGCAGGUAUAGAUUGAGGAAGGAACAUGGAUCAGGACUGGAUCGGGUAGCAAGACUUGGCCAAACAAAAGGGUGUGGAUUCUGGCUAGGCAGGGAGGGAGGCAGUCAGGGUAUGGAUGGAUUAGUAGUAAGCCUGGAUAAAGCACAGGCAUGCUAGUCAGUUGUGCAUAAGAUUUCUUUACUUUUGUAUAUGAAAGUUUAUAUAUUGUUUACUUUCUAUGUUGUAUUUACUGUAAAGAUCCCUUGUUAUUACCCAGCCUUACUAUUACAACUAUUUAUCCAAGGAAUAUAUAUUUUGCAGUCUAUAAUCUCCAUGUAUCAAGUUAAGCAAGAGUAUAUACCCCUAUCAAUAUAUAUACACACAUACACUAAGAUUAUAUAUUAAGAUGAGUAAUUCCAUUUUUUAUUGUUUUUUUCACUUUUACCAAUUUCUUUCAGUAAUUCAAUGAUACAAGAUACACUGAUAAUCUUUUUUUUUUUUAUCUUUUAAUUGAUUUAUUAUUAUUUUAGAAGCUGUAACAUUUGAGUUCUUUGUUUUAUCAAUGCAACACAAGGCUAUUGAAGUAAUGCUGGCUGGCUUAAGCUGAACUCCUUGACUCCUGCAUAACACAGUAAGCUUAAUUUUUGUGGCAGAUGGGUGAACAUGUAAGAAGUGAAAUUUGGCUUUGAUAAAUACUGAUGGCUGGAAAUUUUGAGUGAUGGUUUGUCUUGUGUGCUUAAUGGUUCUCAAAGUCAAAUUGUCAGUUUUUAUUUUACUAUUAUCGAAAGACUUGAUAUAGUGACCGAUCUUUUAUUCAUUCACUUCUCUUUUGUCUCAGAGUGAAGUGAAAUGUGACACAAAUUGUUGAGUUAUUCAAAUGUGGACAAUAGAAAAGUGAGUUAUGUUGUCCGAGAUGAAUUUUAUAUAUGAUUUCCUAAAGGACGUGACUGACAAGAGAAUAGAAAGAAGUAUUUUGAUUGUUUUAAGUCCAUGUAUGUGUUGUUGCAAGUUCAAGGUUACAAAAAAAUGAAAGUGACUGCCAAAAAUAUCUAAUAUCAUCGCCAGUCAAGGAGUCGAGUUAUAUUUUACGUUUUAUAUUAUUUUCUCUUUUUGUGGGGAGUUGCUUAAUAAAUGUAUGAUUAUAGAUACACAGAGUAAAGAAAUGAGUUUAAAACAAAGAUAAGAAAAAAUUUUGUACACCUUUUUCGUAAAAAUGGAUGUGUAAAUUCUCUCUCUCUCUCUCUCUCUCUCUCUCUCUCUCUCUCUCUCUCUCUCUCUCUCUCUCUCUCUCUCUCUCUCUGAAACUGCUUUCUCACCACAACUAUUUUCAAAGGCCACAAAGUUGAUUACCCUCAUUCUCUAAACUCUCUCUCUCUUAACUUGACAAUCUUAUUAAUCUAUCACCAGAACCAUGAAAAUUCCCUUAAAAACAUACUUCUAUCACCAGAACCACCAAUUCCUUGAAAAACUCAUGUAUCACCAGAACCACAAAAAUUCCCUGAAAAACUCAUGUAUCACCAGAGCCACAAAAAUUCCCUUAAAACACUUCUAUCACCAGAACCACCAAUUCCUUUAAAAACUCGUCUACCCCAGAACCACAAAACUUCCCUAAAAAACUUGUCUAUCACCAGAACCACAAAACUUCCCUUAUGUAGCUUCAACUAAAGGCCUUUGAAAGUAGAGGUGUAGCCAGCGUUUCAAAAUAGGAUCCCCAAAAAGCACUGAUAGGGAAAAGAUGCUGUGAUACAGAGAUGAUAUAUAAGAAAUAGUUCAUACCUGGACCUGAAAUAUGUCAAUACCUGUUCUAAUACAACUCAGGAACUACUACUACUACUACAUUAAACCAGUUACCUAUCAACUAUUGUCAUACAGAUACCACUGCUAUUGGUUACUGGUAGAAAAUGAAUAAAAUUGAUAGACAUUA